UGCAUGUUUUGACAAGAGAGACUACUCCUUGCGUGGGUGUGUCUCAUGCACCACAGUCAACGCCAUUCAGCCUCGGUCACAGGGGCACACGCAAUCUGUGAUAAAUUCGCCCUCAGCUAGCGCAUUCACCAUUGAGACACAAAAGGUCCCACUAAGACGACUGCCGAGUUAGCCAUGCACGUGUCGUGGCCAUGAGAUCAUGAGAGAGGCCGCCACGCACAUGUGCACACCUCAUGUAUGUGUGUAUGAAGUGAGCGACACGCACCUCAGUGGAUGGCGUGUUGGUAUCAAGGACGGGCAGCGCGCGGCGUGCAUGCGUCUACGUGUGUAUGCGUGUGUGUGUGUAUGUAUGUGUGCAUGGACGAGUGAGUGUCUUGUCUCAGCUCUCAGCAAGCAAACAGGCAAGAGCACAAGUACGUACGAUGUCAUGUCCUUACUGUCUGUCUCUGCAAGCAACCACAUACAGUGUCAUGCACGACGCGUCCAUACCACUGCCUCUCACUCUCUCCCUCUCCAGAAAGACACAUCUGCCUCGACUGUGAGUCUCUCUCUGUAUACAUACAUGUACAUAAAUGAAGCCUUACAACUCCCCACCCAUCCAUCCAGCCAGCCACCCAUCCCCCCACUCAUUCACUCACCGCCCAUUGUCCCGCGUGGCCGCCUCCUGCCGGGCGGCCGUCUCUGCUGGAAGGCCAAAGCCCAUCUCGCCCCACCUUCCCCAGCCAACCCCCUCUCAUGCGAUAUAUACCAAGCAAUGGGCACGUCGGAAGAGGCCGCCUGGUGCCUGUGGUGCUGGCUCAUCUGCACCGAUGAACCGGCCUUCCUCCGCUCCUUGUCGUCCAGCUGCUGCGUGCUUGUGGAUGCGUCGGUCUGCUGGCCCGUCAUUCUCGCCCUGAUUGUCUUGGUGAUGUAGGAUCGAGCCUGUCUGAGCAGUGAUGUGGAGGGGGGCGGCGCCCAGGCGGUCUGCUGUGAGGUUGAGAGGGUGAGGGGCGUGACCAGGGGCGGGGAGGGAGGGGGCGGCACUUGGAUGCUUUCGGCGCCUUGCCUCUUUUGCUCUCUCAGGAAGCGCUUGGCGUGAGGGGCCCAGCGGUCGCAUAGGGCCAGGUCGAUGGAGAGGCCGGUGGAGAGGCCUCUCAGGAGCUGACAGGACCGCAGCACGAAGAAGAGGUCCUGCGGGAAGCCCAGCACCGCGUUGCUCUUCAGCGUGUAGUCGGGUGAGAAGAUGUUGAAGCAGACACUGGCCGAUCACACACAGGACAGAAAUGCGCUCAUGUCAGCAUGAGGGGGAUUGCGCCGCGCCUUCUGUCCGUGUCUGCGUACCCCGGCAUCUUCCUUGUGUCGAACAUGGAGACGGCCAUCCGCUCGAGCGUGGCGUUGUUGGAGGGAUCCUCCACAUGGAUGCCUUCACACACACACACACAGUUGAAUUGCCUGUACAUGCAUUCUCCUCGCUGCGUGUGGAUAGUACCCAGGUCGAGGAGGCCUUGUGCGAUGCGGUCCCGUUGCCUGGACUUGAGGUCCAGCACGAAACUCGCCAGCCGCCUUUGCAAAGGCUGGUCCAGAGCCUGAAUGAACGAAUGGACAGAAAGGCACACAACACAACAAAGGCCCACAGGUACAUGUUGUAUCUGUUGGUUUUCUCGCUUCGCUCACCUUGACUUGGCCCCAGUCGAGCAGCCCCAGAUGACCUCGCGGCAUGAUGAGGAAAUUGCCAGGGUGUGGGUCGGCGUGGUGCAGCCCAUCCUGGCUGAAAAUCAUGACGCCCCACGCGUCAGCGAUCCGCAUGGUGAUCCGUCUGAGCAGCCGCUGCUGCAUCCGGGGGGACAGCCGACGGACAGCGUUGUUAUUGGACUCAGCCACCUCACGCAGACGGGUGAUCUGCACCCUGCAGGCAAUAAGAUAAAACAGACACCAACACAGGUAUGUUGUCUGCGAUUGGCAGUGGGUUGUGUGUACCCAUCGAGGAAGCUCAUGAUGAGGAGUUUCUUGGUGGCGAGUCUUGGCUGUGGGACCUUGACGCCCCUCACUCGUCGGUGCAGCAGCGGCCCCAAGGCCUGCAUGUGACUGGCCUCCUGGGUGAAGUCGAACUCGCGGAGCAGCUGACUUUUCAGCUCCUUCAAGGGGUUCACUGCAUCAUGAUGAACACACAUACGUGUGAGCGCAGAAAGGCACACACGUGUGUGUGGAUGGGGUACUCACCUAGGUCGAAUUUGAGCUCGAAUCGCUGCAGGUACCUCGCCAGAAUCUGCCCACACCAAACGAAACAAGCCAACAAGAAGGGAUGGGACUUUGCCCUCCCCUCCCUCCCUCCCUCCCUCCUCUCGCCAUGUCCGUGCCGACCGAUAGGUUGGUGAUGUCGGCUGCCAUCAGCCGCCGUGCCCCGGGGUACUGAACCUUCACAGCUACUUUCUCGCCAGUCUUCCUGAGCUUGGCCUCGUGCACCUGCGACAGACUGGCGCUGCCGAUGGGCUUGGUGAGGUCGAAGGAGGCGAACAGCUGGUCGAAGUCCAGCUGCAGCUUCUUGAGCUCCUGCUCAACCACCUUGCGGGCCCUCUUGGCCGACAUGGGCGGCACACGGUCGUGGAGGGUCGAGAGCUUCCGGAUGUAGGGGGGCGGGCAGAUGUCGUGACUGCAGUCAAUGCAACCAUGAUAGCAUGUGACGCGCAGAGAGUGGAGUGUUUGUGUGUGUCUGGUGGUGCUUUACCUACCGAGUGCCAAGGAACUGUCCCGACUUGAGGUAGAAGCCUCUCAAUGAAAGACAGAGGUCCAGCAGACGGUCGCUGUUCUUCUCGUGCUGAGCCGACCACCUGAUAUGAUAGGUCACAUCGCAUCGAUCGCAUCACACGAAGCCAGCAGCAAAACACAACGGAUCAGCGCCGCUAUCAGAUAUGGGCUGGCUGGGCUGCAGUGCAAGCCGGUGAGGUCACCAGGUGUCUCGGGUGUGCUGUCGAUUAGCUUCAUCAGGAGACCACAGGGGCAACAGUGCACUCUGGGCCUGGCAAGACCAAACAAGAAGUGGAACCUUGGCAGGAUCUCUGUGGGUGGAGAGUGAAGGGCUGGGUUAGUACCUGUAGUAUUUUGUAGGACCCGUAAAUGACUCCCACCCUCAUCCAGAACUGCAGCAGCCGCAGCAAGUUCGACUGCUGGUCAUAGUCGAACUGUUCGACAGCUGCAGCGUCACGAGACAACCUGCACACGCAGACACACACACAUCACACGCACGCGCAGGCAUAUGACAUGCGUGGCGCUUGCUGCUCCGUCCAAGGCCGUCUUUCUGCCCAGCUCACUUGGCGUCUUGAGCACCCGUGUCGGCCACAUUCGGGCGCUUCUUCCUCUGGCUCACGUAUCUGGCCCUGGCAGUCUUCAGGCUGUCCACUGGCUUCUGAGAGCGGGCGACGAACGACAGGCACACAACGGGCUGAUGGCAGCCCAGAAAAAUACAGCAGAGCAGGGCAGCAGAGCCGCAGACGAUGACCAGUCUCAUGCUUGAGUCAGCCAGAGACUCGUAAGUCGAGAGUCAGCAGCAAGAUGAAAGGAAAGAUGCUGCUAUGAGAAGCUGCCAGGGAGCCUCGCAAAGCAUCGUCUCAGCAAGAAGAUUCG